GCGGGGAGGGGAGGGGCGGGGCGGGGCGGCCCACCCAAAAGUGGCGGUUUGCGGGAGGCGGUUACCUUGGUAUCCCGAGUAGUUUGAGUCUAGCGAGCUGCCGGCGGAUACCGGACCAGUGCUGUCUCAGGAGUGGGACCACGAGGCCUCAAACAGGCUCUGCCCCAGGACACCCCCCUCGUUCAGCGCUUCCCCCAUAAUCGGAUACUGAGUAUUUGGACUGCCUCAGACCCAGGAGUCACAGGUGCCAGGAAGUAUGGCCCCCAUCAAGAAGUCUCGAAAUACCCCAAGGUUGCCCCUGGCAUUAAACCCCCUGAAGAGCAAGGACGUGUUGGCAGUGCUGGCUGAGAGGAACCAGGCUAUAGUACCAGUUGGGGCAUGGGUGGAACCUGCCUCACCACGUAGUUCGGAAAUACCAGCGUCUACUUCAGCAUAUAUGAUUGAAGAAGAACUAAAGGAACAGCUGAGAAAAAAACAAGAAGCUUUGAAGCAUUUUCAGAGACAAGUCAAACAUCGAGUAAAUCAACAAAUUAGGCUGAGAAAAAAGCAACAACUCCAAAAGUCUUACGAAGCAGCAGAAAAAGAAGGCUCUAUAGCCAUGAAAUCUUCAGAUCCAGCACAUUUAACUCCCAAAAGAACAAGUGUUUUUCCCAACAAUUUGAAUGCUGCUAUUGGAAGUGCUACGUCACUGCCUUCCCAGAUGCUUGGGGAUGGAAUUGAAGAUAGAGAGAAUCAGAAUCUAUCAUUCCAACAACAAGCCCAGGCUCUUAGUCAAACCAUGAAACAAGCUCGUCAUCGGCUGGCAUCCUUUAAAAUUGUGAGUAAAAAAAAUACAUCAGUGUUUCCAGAUCGUACAAGGAAAAGCUUUCCCACCCAAGAGGAACCUGACUCUGAGGAAUCUUCAUCUAUUAUGCCAGACAAGAAAGGGAGAGAAAAUUUGUUUUGGUGGGACCAGCAGGAUCUCCUUUCUGAAGAGAAGGACAUACCUUUCAGCAGAGCUCGGAAAGUACAAUUCAAAAGUCCAUUAUUUGCUGUGAUGGAAGAGGAAGAGCUGAAGCAGUUACCUCAUCAGGGCCUUCAGGAUAUUCUGCCAGAAACCCAAGAUUAUCUUCCAGAAGCCCAAGGCGAUCUGCUGGAAACCCAGGGUGAUUUGACAGGAGUCCAAAGUAUUGAGCUGGAAGCCCAGAGUACUGAGCCAGACACCCAGGCUCCUGAGCUGGAAGGCCAAGCUGUUGAGCCCAAAGCUCAGGCCACUGAGCCUGAAGUCCUGGUUGUUAAGACAGAAACUCAUGGUAUUAUACUGGAAGCUAUGAGUACUGAACUAGAAGAUGGGAGUAUUAUGUUGGACGUCCAGGAUUUUCUACCCCCAAAUCAGGCUUUUCUACCCAAAGACCAGAAUGUUCUACCCAAAUGUCAGGACCAAGAUUUUCUACCUAAAGACCAGGAUUUUCUACCCAGGGAACAGAAUAUUCUACUCAAAUGUCAAGACCAGGAUUCUCUACCCAGAUAUCAGGAAAACUAUAUCUGGCAGCUAGCAUCUGCUUUGACAUCUGAAAGAUGGAAAAAGGAGUGGCCCACAAGUGUCCACCAGUAUCUUUUACCCAGGUUCCCAGGCCAGCCCUCCACCAGAGAUCAUUUAGACCAAAAGGAAGAAGAAAGGGAUCAACAGGAAAAAGUAUGCUUCAAGGAGCCAUAUUCUGAUUUGAUACAUGAGAAAGGGAGAGAUGACUUUUCUCUGGUGGGUUAUCAGUAUCUGCCUCCUAACCUCCAGAACCAAGCCUCCUCUGGAGACCAGACCUUAUACUCCAGGCAGCAGCCGUCUGUUGGGACAACUGAAAAAUGGCGAGAUUUGCUUCUGGAUGGCAACCAGCAUCCUCUACCCGAGCACCGGAGAGAGGCUUCCAGCAGAAGACAGGUUUGUGAUGAAUAUCAAUCAGGAUUGAACACUGAAUUCCUAACUCCACUGGCACUUCAAUCUGGAGUAGAUCAAGAAGAAGACAAGAAAGAGCGUCAAAAGCAGUACUUGAGAUAUAGACGACUUUUCAUGGAUAUUGAAAGAGAACAAGUAAAAGAACAACAAAGGCAAAAAGAACACAGGAAGAAAAUUGAAAAAAUUAAGAAAAAGAAAGAGCAGCAACGUUAUGCUGAAGAGCAGAGGAUGUUAAGAAUGAAUGUUCAUGAAGAGCCAUAUUCAGGGGAAAAGAUGAGCGAGAUGUUAGCCCAGCUCCAACUUGAGGAAAUAAAAGGAGCCAGAGAAAAACAGCGACAGAGAGAAAGGGAAUACCAAAGAUAUGUAGAAGCUUUAAGAGCCCAGAUCCAAGAGAAAAUGCAGCUGUGUAACAUUACUUUACCUCCACUCUGCUACUGUGGUCCUGACUUUUGGGAUGCUCAUCCUGAUACUUGUGCCAAUAAUUGUAUUUUCUAUAAAAACCACAGAGCAUAUACCCGGGCACUGCAUUCAGUCAUCAAUUCCUGUGAUAUUCCUGAGGGGAACUCAACGCUUCGAAGCGCCAUUCAUAAUUUUGCUUCUGCCCACAGACGGACUUUGAAAAAUGUUUAAUAAGAAUCUGAAAUCAACUGUUAGCAUUUCAGCCUUCACUUAAAAUCAACCAUGAGAGACUAUUUAGGAAAAGCUGUUAAAGUGUGUAAAAUGUGUAAUCUGGAAAGAAAGGCUAUCCCACAUAACAACUUUCUCUGCAAUUAGAAUGGAACCAUUGUUUCAAUCUCCACCUUGGGACCAACAUGGAAAGUUGACUUUCAAACUUGGCUAUUUGCUGUAAACCACAUGUAAUCUAUUGUUUAAAAAAUAUUCAGUAAGGCUUUUCUUACUUUGCUGUGCUGAUCAGAAGAGAUCAUGAGAAAUCUUUGAGAUUAUUUCAUUUGUUGUCUUUCUAAAAUUGUAUCUUUGAGUCUUGACAUAGUUGAAAAUGUCUGCAUGAAGCAGGAAAGAAGAUGAUGACAUGAGUUUCUGAAUGUCAGUGGCCAUCUAGGUGGCUGUUCGCUUUUCUAGUUGUGUAUAAUAGAGAUGAGAAGAGUCUGAAUUUGAUACACAUUUUUUUCUCAAAAUCUUUCUCUCCUGUUUUUUUUUUUAACUUAUUACUUUUUUCUCCUAUAUAGUGAUAUUGCACAUAAGGCUUUUUAAUUUUAUAACUUGCAUUGCCAAAAGAAGGGAAAUAAACCCACUGUCAUUUGAGCAUCUUCUAUGUGAAAUAAUUCUGACAUUUCAAAAACUAGAUCUGAAGUCAAAAUGAGUCAAGUCCUGCCUUAUUUCCCUGUUUUAAAAAUUUGGUGAAUAGCAUACCUACAGAGCAGAUGAAAUA